UGAUGGUAAUUUUGCACCGCUCCAUAUAUUUAUCGCUCUUCAAACAURAAUUCGCUUUAUAGUUCAGAAGUCGAUGACCGAAACCCAUUUGAUUGCUUAGUACUUGAGCGUGGAUGAAUUUCAAUCGAAUAUAAUUGGUUCCAACACAAAACCUAUUGUUCUCCCUGUCACCGGAAAAACAAACACACAGACAAAGAUCUUCUCAACACAGAUCUUCGUUUUCUGUUCCCAACAACACACGAUGGACAAAUUGGUUGUAUUAUUUGCUUGUGAAAUAUCCUUUUUAUGUUAUGUUGGACAUGUGUGAUCAAGAUGCUGUAUUUUACGAGUUAUAUGAUCGCCGUCUUGGUAAUGUUACCGGCGAUCACGGUAAAUGGAUUUCUGAAUUUAUACAUGAACGAAACAGAAGCCAAGCGAGUGUUAGGAUUGAGUGGCAAUUUUUAUUUUAUUCGAGACGGAGAAGUAAAAAACAACGCGAUCUUAUUCAAUAUGCGAAUUCCAAGUGCAGUAAAAUGUAUAGGCUUCACGUGGUUUCGUACUAGCAUGACAUCGCCUAUAACAUACUCGAUAACCGUCGAGUCUCUCAAUCCUAAUCUUCUACGAAAACCAGCGAUAAGAAUGCAAGGAGCAGCGCAAAACACUGGAUAUGUUCCUGAGAAGAAAUCUGGAUUCUGUGUUAAGAUGGAGUGUAAAGGCACGAAAGAUGGUACAGCACAAAUACGAAUCAACAUAACAUUAAAUGAAUAUACUAAAAAUAAAUUAAUACCACUUAGCAUGAGAAGAACAAAAACUUGUAGGAAAGUCCUACCUUUAGUAACCUCUUCAGAUGCUUCUUCAAAUGUUGCAGACUCAGGAAAGAAAGACGCAAGCUUCUCCACAUCAGAGAAGACUAAAGUGUUUUAUAUUGCUGUUGGUGUUGCUUGUAGUAUAAUAUUUAUUAUUGCAUUAGCUGUUGCUGCUAUCCAUGUGCAUUCAAUGCCGUCACCUUCUACCAACAAAGAUAGCACAAGCCCAAUUCUUUGCAGUGGAUCAGAUGGAAGUAGUGGUCAAUCAAAUGGACCUUUAAAACCCAAUACAGCAAUGGAAAAUACUGUACAUACAAGCCUGCUUAAGCAAACACCCCAGGUUGCAGUGCAACAACCAAACCAACAAUCAACUGUCAAUCACCCACACAUUAACCAAAUAAACAUUCAGCUUCCUGUCCAUAAUCCGCCACCCAAUCAUAUUCCAGUCCAAGUUGAUGUCAAUCACCCCCAUCAGCAUAACCCAAUGCUUCAGCGAACAAACUACAUGCUUCCCCGACCAUUCCCAGUAACUACCCUUGCCAAUGGAGACAUCCCUAGUGCUACCAGUAGGACUCAUUCUAUAUCAUCAAGUGUAACAGCACCAAUGCACAAAGCAUCUGUGAGUAGUGCUCCUGUCGAGCUGUACCCCCAUGCCGGGGGUCUGACAAGUACCCAGAAAGGAAAGUAUGGUAAUCGAGAUAUCAAGGCAGAGCUGGCUCCUCUUGAUGUGGACCUGGAUAGGAUUACUCUAGGAGACUUGUUAUAUGAAGGAACAUUUGCACGCAUAUACGAAGGAGUCCUAACGGGUCCAGAAGAACACCUGCAACAAAGUGUUCUGGUAAAGACAGUGUCCGAAAUCGCMUCAUCAGAACAGGUGAACUUGAUGCUGAUUGAGUCGUCGAUGCUWCGAGACUUGACACACAAAAAUCUCAUGCCUAUAAUGAGUGUUUGUUUGGAAGAUGAGAAACAACCCCUUGUGAUGUUUCCCUUUAUGAACCGAGGAAAUCUGAAACUGUUCCUCAAGAAGUCGCGCUCACCMGAAGGACUUUCCAAGCGGUCGAUAACAACGGCUGAUCUUGUCCAAAUGGGUAUUCAAAUAGCCAARGGCAUGCAGUACUUGGCUCGUAGGAAAAUUGUACAUAAGGACUUGGCUGCUAGAAAUUGUUUUCUCGAUGACGAGUUAAACGUCAAGGUAACGGACUGCGCCCUGUCACGUGACUUGUUCCCAGGCGACUAUUGCUGUUUAUGUGACAACGAAAACCGGCCGGUCAAAUGGAUGGCUGUAGAAAGCCUUGAAUUUAACCGCUAUUCCGUAGCYAGUGACGUGUGGGCUUAUGGAGUGUUGCUAUGGGAACUAAUGACUCUGGCACAGCAACCUUACGCAAACAUCGACGCCUUCGAAAUGUUAGCCUUCUUAAAAAAAGGCCAUCGUAUUGCACAACCACUCAACUGUCCUGAUGAACUCUUUACAGUCAUAGCUUGUUGCUGGGCUCUGUCAGAGGACGAGAGACCAAGCUUCGGGCAGCUCAUUGGCUGUCUGACAGAAUUUAACAAUGCGCUUAGUAACUUUGUGUGAAAGUUGAGGAACAAGAAAUGUGUUAAAUACGCGAGGGCAAGGCGUCUUAUCUAAGUUGGAGCGAUUCAUCCAAGGGAUGUCUUGAGGUAGUCUCCAGUCCCUUGGACAGAGCAUAUGGAUCGUGUUAUAGCUGCUGCUAGGAGAUCACUUAGAAAGCAUGUUAGUGAACAAUGUCAUGUAAAUAAAGUGCGACCCAGUUUCCCGAACGAGAGAUUCUAAGAAUGGAUGAAAACAUAUAUAUGCCAAUUACCGCAGGAGUACCGUCAAGAGAUACUUGUGAAGGCAAAUCGCUUCUAGUCAGCGGUAAUGUAAUUAGAGCAAGAAAACCAUGACGUCAGAUAGAUUACUGUAAAGGUCAUGGCUUCGAGGACAUUGGUUUUUCAUUCUACACAAGAGCUUGGCUCAAUGUACAUAAUGAAAGCAACUGAAAAACACAGGAACCCCGCCCAUUAUAAUCAGUAGACUAAAGUUUUACAGAGACUGGAUUUUAUUAUUUUGAUCUAGUAAGAUAGGACCAGAUCAGCAGACUUUAAGGUGAAUGUGCAUUCACAAUACAUUGUCGGAGUUGUAUAUAGUCUACAAGUGGGCGUUCGUGAAGCACGUGUCAUUUAAGACAUUUAGUGCGGAGCAAUCGACAAGUUAAAGAGGAUUUCCAAAGCAACAUGAAUUUUAUCGUAGAAAUGAUGAAGCAAGGUAUCUGUCUAUAACGUCUGGGAGAUUUUACCACUUUAUAGGCAUUUCUAAGUUCAAUAAACAAGAUGCAUUGUGGUAUAUCUAGGGUACAGAAAAAAAGCGAAAUAAACAAAGAAGCUAGACCACAAUGCACCAUGUUCACUGCCUCACAACGGGUGCUAUUUUUUAAAACAGUGUCCAGGUGUCUUGAGUACCAAAGCGAAGAGUGGGGGCUGGUGCCUAGGGCGUCACUUGUAGCUGCGAUGUCACGUGAUCACAGACACUGAAGACUUUAAUUUUAGGAAUAAAAUUUAUAAUACAACAUGUGCAAAGAGAUUAGGAACUGGGCAAAAGAAAAUAACUGUAGUCAGUACUUUAUACAAGCUAGAAAACUAACAAAAUGAUAAACCGUACUGGGAAUUAAACGACAUAUUUAAGAA